UCAUCUAUAGGAACUAUAAGAAAUUACACAUAAUUUGUAAGCUGUCACAUGUAUAAAGCAUUCAUUUGAGUAACUAAAAGAACAGGGUCUAAGAAACAUGGCGCUGUGUUAUACGAGACUGCUAUGUCGUCGAAGCAUUGAUUUUCGAAAUUUUCGAAGCUUAUAUACAUCCAGCCCACGCAAUGUUGCUGUCUCAACACCAUGCAUGGGAAGCACAAUUUGUGAAACUCAUGAUGAAAAAAAUAUGCGUCUUAAGAGACCAAUGUCACCCCAUUUGACCAUUUAUCAAGUUCAGUUAACAUCACUUCUUUCUAUUACUCAUCGUACAACAGGCAUAAUAUUAUCAACUUAUGCAAUGGUGUUUGGUUUAGGAACAUUACUUAUCCCAGGAGGUAUCCCUUGCCUGAUAGAAAUGAUUACAGAUUUAGGUUUAUCAGCUCCUGUUCUUUUUACAGCAAAAACUUUACUUGCUCUUCCUGCUACAUACCACACACUUAAUGGAUUUCGUCACUUGGCUUGGGAUUUGGGAAUGUUCCUUACAAUAAAAGAAGUGUACAGCACUGGAUAUGCAGUGAGUGUAUUGGCAGUAAUUUCUGCUGUUAUUCUUGCUUCAUUGUAAGUUUCACAAAUUAUAUUGUCGUAUUGCUAUUUAUAUUCAAAAUUAACUGUAUCAUUAGAUCAAUUUUCCUUGCAAAUUGUAUAAUAUUUAGAAUAAAAUGUUAGAAUGCAGAAACAAAUGCCAAAAAUAAA